AACUACAAACAACAAUCAACAUUGGCCGCAACACAAAUGUUUUGUUUCAGUGUAAUUGUUGCAAUUGCCAUCAACUGGCCACGCGCGCCAACUAUCGCAUAAACGAAUUGUAAACAAUAGAAAAAUAAUCGCAAUAAAAGGCGAAACUCGCAGGGAAGGAAGUAUUCGCAUAACCGACUGGAACUCGGCCUGUCAAGAUGUCGCGCUGGGGCAAGAACAUUGUCGUGCCGCUGGACUCGCUCUGCAAGGAGAAGGAGAACACCAAUCGGCCGACGGUGGCCCGCUCGGUCGGCACGGUGGGCAAAUGGGGCAAGAUGGGCUUCACCUCGACGCGCACCUAUACACUAUCCGCGCUGCAUCCGAUGGCCGCUGCGGCGGCUGCUGCUGCGGCCGCCGCCAGUCCCGCCCAGAGUCCGGCCUCUACACACGAUCACGAUCCGAACGAUAUGUCCGUGUCGGUGCCGGAGCCGCCCAAGCCCAAGAAGUUCUUCAAGUCGCGCAACGCGGCGCCGCCCGAGGUGAUAGCCCAGAUAAUACAACAGCUGCCGCACUGUGUCGCCGCUACGUCGCCCAUGCGGGAUCAGGCGGCCAUGACGCCCACACGGGAACCCAUCAAGCUCAAGCUGGCCAAAGGCAACUCCGCUGAGCGGAAGCGUAAGUCGCCCAAGAAGAAGGCAACGGCGACGACGGCGGCGGCGGCGGCGGCAACGACGACGGCUGCCUUAACGCCAGGUGCGUUUGGCGCCGCCGAAAUAGGCGAUGGCUUGGCCCUGGAUGCAGCCGAUCAAAUGGAUCUGAGUAAGGGCGCAUCGCCCACGGCUGAGCCCAAGGGCAAGAAGAAGAAGAUCAAGGAGGAGAAGAAACUAAAGCCCGAGGCGCCGCCAUCACGUAUUCUGGGACGGGCCCGCAAAGCGGUCAACUACUGCGAAGUGGACGAGGACGAACGCUAUCCCACGCCCAUCAAGGAUCUGGUGAUGCCCAAAACGCGUGCGUCCGAAACAACAACAGCCGCAUCCCAGGAUGCUGCCACACCAGCAGCCCCAGAUCCAACCACAGCCACAGCCGCAAUCCCUGCAGCAGCAGCAACAGAUGGCAAUCCAGCGCUUCCUCCGCCAACAACGGCGCCCAGUUCAGCAGCCGUUGGCAUCACAGCCGGCUCAGCUUCCACAAUGGCCGCAUCUACUGUGCCAUCUGCAUCCGCCUCAUCCAGUGCUUCCCGCACGCCCGAACAUCCGCCAAUUGUUCUGCGCAUUUCCAAAGGCACCUCACGUUUAGUCAGCACGGACAGCGAGGAGCCGCCAAAUAGUUCGCCUGCACAGCAGCAUCAGCAACAGCAGCAGCCAUACGAGACGCCCAGCGAUGCGCUGCCCGAUCAAAUAGAAGCCAUAGUUCCUGCAAGUACGCCAAAAAUAACUGUUAAACCGCUGCGACCGCCGACAGCGGCAGAAGCUCAGGACGCAGCCGCAGCAGCUGGCAGCGAAGCGUUAACGCAGGCAGCGACGCACGCAGCGCACGCGAAAAUCAACAACGACGACGACGAAGAAGAAGAGGAAAACGAGGACGAGGAGGAGGAGGAAGACGAAGAGGAAGAACCGCCUGAAAUCAAUUAUUGCACAGUGAAAAUCUCACCAGACAAACCGCCCAAGGAGCGCCUGAAGCUGAUCAUCAAAACGGACGUCAUACGGAACGCGAUCGCCAAAGCAGCCGCCGCCGCUGCAGCAAAGGCCGCUGGCGAGGAGUCGCGCAGCGAAAAGAAAUCUAAAAGUAAAAAGCACAAACAUUUAAAGCACGCCCAGCUAGUCGAGCAACUGCAGCCCAGUCUACCAGCAGCAGGAGGAGCAGCAGGAGCUGUUGCAGUUGCUGCUGCCCCAACUGCGUCGGUCGCCGAAUUGGCCAAUACGGAGUUUAAGACGCCCUCGCCGCAUUUGGCGCUGAGCGAGCCGCAGCAACAGCAACAGCAGCAGCAGCCGCAUCCGACGCAUAUACAGCCGUUGCGGGGGUCGGUUAUAUCGCCAACGACACGCUCCGAUCACGACUUCGAUUCACAGUCGUCGGUGCUGGGCAGCAUCUCGUCCAAGGGCAACAGCACGCCGCAGCUGCUCGCGCAGGCGGUGCAGGAGGAGAGCUGUGUAAUACGCAGCCGCGGCUCUAGUGUCAUAACCAGCGAUCUAGAGACCAGCCAGCACUCCUCACUGGUGGCGCCGCCCUCGGACAUUGAGUCGCGCCUGGAGUCCAUGAUGAUGACCAUCGAUGGCAACAAUACGGGUGCAGCUGCUGCAGCAGCACCCGGCACAGUCGCUGGCUCAGCAGCUGAUCUGCAUAGUCGUGUGGAGCAGCCGCUGCAGCAGGACAUACUCUCUGUGCUGCGCGGCGAUGUGGUGCCACGUCUGAAUGGCGUCGACGAGCCGGCCGCCGAGUCCAAACAGCCAAAGCGGGCGACGCGCGGACGUGCGCGCAAGUCCAAUAGCAAUAGCAAUAGCAAUGCGGAGCCGGCGCCAACGCCCACGGAGACGCGCACCAGAGCGCGCGCUAAGCCAUUGGAGGCAUCAUCGCCCACGUCUACGUCCACGUCCAUGCCCGCGGUCACGAAGCGUGCCACACGCACGCGCGGCAGCAAGAGAAUGGAAACGGAAAUGGAGCUGGUCGAGUCGCCCGAAAAGUGCUUGGAGGCAGCUGAGGCGCCGCCGCGACGCGGACGUGCCGCUGCGCGCGCCAACAACAACAAUUUGGCCAGCAGCAAUAAUAACAACAACAAUAACAAUAACAACAUCAACAAAAUUGCCGCCAACUUGUCCGCCAAAGCGGAGGCCAGUCGCACCACAGACUAUGGCGCAGGCAGCACAGCCGCCGGAGCCGGAACGCGUAGCUAUGGACGCAAGCGGAAAAAUCAGCAGGUGACGCAGCUGCUGCCACAGGGCGAAGCGGAUGCCGCGACGGCGGAGCAACUGAAGCUGAAGCUCCUGGAGCAGCAGCAGCAGCAGCAGCAGGAGGCGCAGCUGAACGACGAUAGCCAGCCAACGCCGGCCAAGGUGCCGCACACGGAUCUGGAUGUAGACCUGGACGCGGAGCCUGAUCCGGGCAUGGAUGAGCUGUCGAAUACAUCGAACAGCUCCUCGUUGCAGCACGAUGGCUCCUCUUCGUCGCCGCCGCCGCGUGAUUACAAAUUCAAGGACAAGUUCAAGCGCACGCUCACCCUGGAUACGCAGGUGGCGGGCGCUGGAGCUGCUGCUGCUGCAGCUGCCGCUGCCGCUGCGGAGGCAGCAGCAACCAGCAGUGCCGCCAACACCGGCAGCGAGGAGACGCAGCGCGGCGCCGUCAAACUGGUCAUCUCCAAGAAGAAGGGCAGCAUCUUCAAGAGCCGGGCGCUGGUGCCCUCCGAUCAGGCCGAGCAGGCGUCGGUGGCCAAGCGACAUCUGUACAAGCACAGCUGGGAUGCGGCACUGGAGGCCAACGGCGGCGGUACCGGCAGCGAUGCCAGCAAUGCCUCCGCCUCGACGACAGCGGGCGGCGGCGCCAAGGCGGACAGCCUGCUGGCCAGCAAAGUGGCCACCAUCGAUGCCAUCUACGGGGACUUUGGUGACAGCAACUCCAACAACAAUACCUGCAGCAGUUCCGCGCUGCGCGGCGAAAGUCCGGCCCUGGGCAAACUGACGCGCCAGUCCAAGCCGCAACACAGUGGGCAAUCCUCGGCGGCGGCGUCAAGCGAUGCCUUCGACCUUGAACUGGAACCGAGUCCGGAUGAAGCUGGUCCCGGCGGCGGCGGCGGCAGCACGGCUGGAGCUGCAGCUGGCGCUGGUACUGGUGCUGGUGAGCGGACGGGUCUGCGCGUGGAUCGCAAAACAAAGGAAUACUAUACGGUGGUGCGGAAUGUGAAGACGGCGCAUCAGAUACAGGAGAUUGGCGAGUACCAGGAGAUGUAUGACGAUGUCGAGUACAUACUGGAUGCACUGCAGCCGCACAAUCCACCGCCGACACGCUGCCUAUCCGCCCUGCAGCUGGCCACCAAAUGUAUGACGCCCGCCUUUCGUAUGCAUGUGCGCGCCCACGGCGUCGUCACCAAGUUCUUUAAGGCGCUAUCGGAUGCCAACAAGGAUCUGAGCCUGGGCCUGUGCACCUCGGCCAUUAUGUAUAUACUCUCGCAGGAGGGCCUCAACAUGGAUCUCGAUCGGGAUUCGCUCGAGCUGAUGAUCAAUUUGCUGGAAGCCGAAGGCGUGGGCGUCGCUGCGCACACAGACCGUCCCAAUUAUGAGAGGAACAAGCAAAAGGUGCGCGAACUAUGCGAGGAGAUCAAGGCCCAGGGCAAGGGCACCCAUCUGAAUGUCGAGUCUAUAACGGUGGGCACUUUGGCGAUGGAAACGCUGCUCUCGCUAACCUCAAAGCGUGCGGGCGAAUGGUUCAAAGAGGAUCUACGCAAACUUGGCGGCCUGGAGCAUAUUAUCAAGACAAUAUCCGAUUUUUGUCAGCCGGUAAUUGCCACAGCUGCCACGGACAUGGCCCUGGUCGCCUGGGAGCCAGCUCUGCUUGAUAAUAUGCAAACGGUGGCGCGCUGUUUGCGCGUCCUCGAGAAUGUCACCCAGCACAAUGAGGCGAAUCAGCGGUAUAUGCUCACCUAUGCCAAGGGACGGGCCGUGGAUACGCUGUGCUUUCUUUACCGCCUGUGCGAUCGCCAGCUGCUGCUGCAUCCCUCGACAGCCGAACAGAAUAGCAGCAAGGAGCAUCCGGGCGUGGCGAUGCGCGAACUCCUCAUACCCGUCAUGAAGGUGCUCAUCAAUCUGACGCACACGUUCAACGAGGCGCAGCCCUCGCUGGGCGCCGAGCUGCUCGGCAAGCGCAGCGAUGUCAUCGAGACAUCAUUCCAUCUGCUACUGCUUGCGUCCAACUACAUUCCGGAUCGCUGUGUCUUCGAGUUGAGCAUCCUGGUGCUGACCCUGCUCAUCAAUCUGUGCAUGCACACGCCUCCCAAUCGUGCCACACUGAUGCAGGCCCAUGCGCCGGCCGAAUAUGUGGCGGACAAUCCCAAAACAUCCGGUGAUCAGGCGGUCAGUGCGGUUCAGGCGCUGCUCGAGUACUUCUACAAGUGCGAGGAGUUGGCCAGACUUGUGGAGAAGAACACGGACGCCUUCCUCGAGAGCAACGAGAAGAGCAAAAAGAAGCAGGAGGAGGUCGAGGAGACAGUCAACAAUCUUGUGCAACGCGCCAGCCAUCACAUGGAGCACACGCUGAAAGGCAGCUAUGCGGCGAUAUUAAUUGGUAACCUGAUAACCGACAACGACCAGUAUGAGACAAUCGUGCGGCGGCAGCUGCGUGGCAAUAGCUUUAAGGAGAUCGUUGGUGUGCUGGAGAAAUAUCACACCUUUAUGAACCUGACGUCCAGUUUGGAGGCCGCAUUUGUGGCGCACAUGAAGUCCACCAAGAAGAUAAUUGACAACUUCAAGAAGCGCGACUAUAUCUAUGAGCAUGCGGAUGAGGAUCAUACGAUGCCGAUGCCCCUCAAUCUAGAGACGACGACGCAUCAUCAUCAUCAUCUUCAUCAUCAUCAUCAUCAUCAUCAUCAUGAGCCAAAUGAUGCAGCGGCGCACACGCUAGAUGCGAAUGCUUCUAGCAGCAACAUAAGCAUUGCAACUGGCAGCAGCAGCAGCAGCAACAACAACGCCAGCAGCAGCAGCAACAACACAGCCACCACCACCACCACCGCCAGCAGCAGCAGCAGCAGUGGCAGUGGCAGUGGCAGCAGCAUGCCACGUGUCUUCAAGACCUACAGCAGUCAUAGAUAAUCAAUGCCGGACGAGCAGUAAGCCAGAUCUGUGGAAGACAGCCGUCGCCGCCGCCAGUCACUGAAAGCCUGCCACCAAAAUAAUAAUUAUUUAUGUUGUUUGUAAUUGCUGACAAUUGCAGCCUAUAUACAUAAUUAUUUAUUUCCUAUUACGUAUAUGUAUGUGAACACACACACACACACACCACACAAUUUUAUAUAUAUAUAUAUAUAUGUGUAUAUUUUAUAAUAUUUUGCUGUGCUCUGCUUGGCUCUGCCUUGGGUUUUCAGCUUAGCUUCGCAAUAUUUAAUUGUAUUGUAUUUAAAACAAAAAAGUGAUAGCAAAUGAGCAUGGUCAGCGUUUUAACUACAAACACACCCGCGCACACACACAUCCGCAUACACACAACAACCACAACCACACAGACACACACUCAAAGAUCCAAAUUAAAUACUGAUAAUCUGUACGUUAUAUAGUCAUAAGCAAUAUUAGCAACUAUUAUUAUAUAUUUACACACACUCACGCACACACACACAGAUAAUCGUUUGUACAUAUUGUUUAUUCAACGAUUUUAUUCAAUGCUAUCUAGCUUUUAUUUAAUGUUUCUAUGCUCUAUUACUAUUUU